AUGACUCCUCAAGCCCGACAUAAGAAUUGGGGUUUACUAUUAUGUGCUAUGUUUCUACUUACAUCAGGCAGUGUGGCUCAAGACACGAUUGGUCGCGUGCAUUUAAAUGAUAAUGUAAUUGCUGAUUUGAAGGAGAUUGACGCGGAGCAAGAUUUUAAGAUCACUAAUACGUCACAUAGGACGAAACAAGGGGAAGAGAGGGGGCCAGGGCGAGAUUUGUGGAAUAAAUUGAAAUCAAGUUUACUUCUAAAGCAAUCGGUCGCUGAUAAUCUCUUUGAAAAGCACCAGCUAAGUGGUGUCUCAGACCAUGAACUUUUUAGUCUGCCUCAGCUUGAAGAUUGGGAAACUGCAGUAGUGAAAGCAUUUAAUAAUCAUGCUGCGGCUCAUGACGCAAUGGUCAAAGCGCUAGAAAAGCACUUUACGCAUAAUACUCUGCUCUUCAUGUUUGAAAAUGCAAAGCAAGAUUCGGAUACGCAACGAUUGGCUUCGGCAUUAGCCGUGGCACAGGCAAUGUCCUGGGGCAAAAGUGGUCAGACUCCAGAAACUGUGUUCAGCUGGCUUCAAUUUGAUUUUCACGGAAAUACCAUUUUGGACAAUCCAUUUAUUGAUAGCUGGAAUAUCUACGUCAAAUACGCUUAUCCAGACAAAAAUUCAUUUGAUGUGCUGUUCAGUGUCCUGAAAAAGCAUUCGACUGAAGUAGAACAAGUGAAAUUUCUAGUGAAUACGAAAAAAGAUGCCAACGCUUUCACGUGGCACGAACCAGCUGAUAAGGCUCUUGACGCAAAGCUCGAUGCCUAUGAUCAAAUGUCUAAUGGUUUUCCGGAAAGCAUCGUUUACUUAAUGUUGGGGAUUAAUGACGAACCGAAACCUUUGAAAAGCCCUGUUAUAGACAAAUGGGCUUCCUACGUGGAAAGGAAGGGUAAGGAUCCGGCAUCGUUAAUGUUUGACAUACUCAAAACAAACAGCGCUACUGAAAACGAACUGGCAGAGGAGAUCGUAGAUGCAUUAGCAGGGAAGACGACAAGUCUUGCCAACAGUGUGCAGAAAAUGUUGUGGAAGUACUGGACGGAAAACAGGUGUAGAUGA